AUGCCAGAUUUUGUUGGCCACCAAGCGAGAGCAUUAUUGUUGUUGAUAGUACUUGCAUUUUCUGCUCCCGUUGUUCCCGCCGCUGUUGUUGUUCUCGCUGGUGGGGUGGAGGAGGCUGCUGCUGCUGCUGAUGGUGAUGAUGAUUUUGAAGAGGAGAAAACCGGGAAUAAACGAGAGAAAGUGUCGGUUCAGUUGAAUUUCUCGGUGGAAACUGCGACCGUCGGUUUUGUUAAUCCGGUCGGCACAAAAUGGAAACUGACAAUCACCGCAUGUGUUUUUGUCCUAUCGGGCUAUACCCCACAGUUAAAUUCACGCGCGCGCACACACACACAAACACACACAGAAAUUACGUCCCGCAAAACGAUGGAUAUUGAUUUUUAA